AAAAAGAAGGAAGACGAGGAAGCAGCAAAAUCGUUCACGUUUAUCAGCUCUUUCCAUUCCAUCCUGCACGAAGUUGAGAAUCUUGCUGGACAGCAUGAAAAGGAAGACGAGGAAGCAGCAAAAUCGUUCACGUUUAUCAGCUCUUUCCAUUCCAUCCUGCACGAAGUUGAGAAUCUUGCUGGACAGCAUGAAAUUAUUGCGGAAGGUCUGCGCAAGGAUAUCCAUUCGGCUGUGUUGUCACGGUGUUCCUCACUUCGAGCAGCGCGCAAAAGCCAUCUGAAUGAGUUGCACAUUAUUCACGGCGUGCUCAAUUCCUCUAUCGAUAAUAUGAUUAAAUUUCAAAAAAAUUACUGGAAGGCAUUCAAAGAUGCAGAAGUGGCUCAUUUGAAGUACGAUAAAGCGGAGAAAAAUAUGGAUCUGUCACGAGCGGAUUUGGAAAAAGCCAAAAACAACGCGAUGCAGCGGACCCAGAUCUGCGAAGAUGCGAAGCAAAACUAUGCGCAUGCAUUGCAAGCCGCCAACCAGCAACAGUAUCAGCACUACAAUCAGCUGUUGCCUCAAAUUUUAGAAAUCUGCGAAGAUGCGAAGCAGAACUAUGCGCAUGCAUUGCAAGCCGCCAAUCAGCAACAGUAUCAACACUACAAUCAGCUGUUGCCUCAGAUUUUAGAACGUUUGAGAGCGGUGGACGAGGAGCGAAUCUGCGAAACGAAGUCGCUUAUGCUGAAAAGUAUCGAGGCCGAAACCCGAGUGAUGAACAUAAUUCAGCGAUGUUACGAGGACAUGAAUAACGCCGCACAGAGCAUCUCACCUGCCAGUGAUACUGCCAGUGUUGUCGAGCAGUACAGGUAA